AUGGCCACUCUCAUCGAUGCCGACGCAGGUACUGAGCGCUUCGGCGGCUAUGAGGCCGAACUCAAGCUGGUACAGGCAGAUCUGAGCCAGCAGCUGGAGCAGAUCAAGGAGGCGACGGGCGAGGCGCGCAAAGCAGCUAUUAGCAAGGCGGAGCGGGCGCUGGAGGAGGCCGAGGAACUGAUCGGCCAGAUGCGCCUCGAAAAAUCAAACAUCCCCGCCAAUCUCAAGUCGCAGUACAAUGCGCGCUUUCGCAACUUCGAGCACGACCUGGAUACGACCAAGCGCAAGCUCGAGACGUACACCAAUGACCGUAGCAAGCUCUUUGGCCACCGCUAUACCGACAACCCAGAUACGGAUGCCCAGCUUGAGCAGCGCCAGCAGCUGCUCUCAGGUACCGACCGGCUGAACCGCUCGUCAGGGCGUCUACGCGAGUCACAACGCAUUGCCCUUGAGACGGAGCAGAUUGGCGCUGGCACCCUGAGCGACCUGCACCGCCAGCGCGAGCAAAUCACCAACACACGCGAACGCCUGCUGGAGAGUGAGAGCUACACAGACCGCAGCAUCAAGACGCUGCGCGGCAUGGCACGACGCAUGGCCACCAAUCGCAUCAUCACCAUUGCCAUCAUCACCGUCUUGGUUCUCCUCAUCAUUGCCGUGAUUUACAGCAAAUUCAGGUGA